UGCCCGUCGGAAGUUUUGAGUCGAACGGUUCAGAUUCAGAUUCUAAAACAAAAAGAGUGAAAUAAUUCAAACACACGCGUGUUUAACCUCACAGAAAAGCGUUCUAUGAGUGCGGGAUAUACUGGAGCGUCAUCACGUUCUUAUUGAAUAUUCAUGAGCUGACCUGACGUUAUAAAUGAACUCGCCUCAGUUUUUCUCGUGAUUCAGUGGUGUGUGUGACAGCAUCAUCAUCAUCAUCAUCAUCAUGACUCUGGCUCCUAAAGAGCUGUCGAACCUACUGGGCAUCAUGUCUGAGGACGCGUGCAGUAACAGUUUCGAGCAGCUCUCCACGGCGUUCCACCACUGCUUCGGUAAAGCCGAACACUUCCGUGUGGGUUCGGUUCUGGUGAUGUUACUGCAGCAGCCGGAUCUUCUCCCGAGCGCUCCACAGCGGCUCACAGCGCUCUAUCUGCUGUGGGAGAUGUACCGCACCGAGCCGCUGGCCGCAAACCCCUUCGCCGCUGUGUUUGCUCACCUGUUGAACCCCUCACCUGCCGGAGAAGAGCAGGAGAACCCGCUAUCAGGUUUCCUUCCUCCCAUCACGCUGUCAGAGAAGUUCUUCCUGUCUCAGCUGAUGCUCGCCCCACCGCGAGACCUGUUUAAGAAGACACCGAGACAGGUGUCCUGUAUGGACGUGGGCUCAGCGCCACAGACUAUAGACAUCAGUGGACUGCAGCUCGCACUCGCUGAGCGUCAGUCUGAGCUGCCCACUCAGAGUAAAGCCAGUUUUCCCAGCCUGCUUAGCGACCCGGACCCCGACUCCUCCAACUCUGGCUUUGACAGCUCAGUGGCCAAUCAGAUCACAGAAUCACUGAUGACAGGACCACGCCCCCUCUUGAGAGUGAGUGAAAGUCACUUCCGUCCGGAGUUGAUCCGGCCCGCUCCGCCUCUGCUGGUGUGUGAGGACGAGCUGGCCUGGCUGAACCCCUGUGAACCGGAUCACAGGAUCCAGUGGGACCGCUCCAUGUGUGUGCGUAGCGGCACCGGUGUGGAAAUUAAGCGCGUGAUGGCCAAAGCUUUCAAGAGUCCGCUGUCAGCCGCACAGCAGACCCAGCUGCUGGGUGAACUGGAGAAAGACCCAAAGCUGGUUUAUCACAUCGGUCUGACCCCAGCUAAACUACCGGACCUGGUUGAGAACAAUCCUCUGGUGGCCAUCGAGAUGCUGCUGAAGCUGAUGUCAUCGAGUCAGAUCACAGAAUACUUCUCUGUCCUGGUCAACAUGGACAUGUCCCUGCACUCCAUGGAGGUGGUCAACAGAUUAACGACAGCUGUGGAACUUCCUCCUGAGUUCAUUCAUCUGUACAUCUCCAACUGCAUCUCUACAUGUGAACAAAUCAAAGACAAAUACAUGCAGAACCGGUUGGUGCGUCUGGUGUGUGUGUUCCUCCAGUCACUCAUCAGGAAUAAGAUCAUCAAUGUUCAGGAUCUGUUCAUCGAGGUUCAGGCCUUCUGCAUUGAGUUCAGUCGAAUCCGUGAGGCGGCGGGUCUGUUCAGACUCCUGAAGACGCUCGAUAAUGGAGAGACACCCCCCGAGAGCAAGACUGCCAAAUAAUCCGU